AUGGUAAACUCUUUUCAAAUCGAGUUCAUCAACAGUCCACAUGGUGUCUAUUUUCAAGGCCAAACUAUUGAUGGAAGGGUGAUUUUUGACACCAAACAAAUUGAUAAGGUGAGGGUUUAGAUUCUGAUAAAUUAGAUAUAUUUUUUACAGUUUCAAGUUAAAAUUUCAGAAAUUUUUUGCCACGUGGCUGAGAAAAUUUUGGCAUAAAAAAUCAAAUUUUGAGAAUAUAAAAAAUGCACUGUUUCAGAAAAAUGAUAAGUCAUUUUUGAAUUCAUAUUUUCAAUUUCUUUAUGCACGAUACAGAAAAUUAGAAUUUUUGAAUUCUAAAUUGCAUGCCACGUGGCUUUGAAGCUUAAUUUAAAAGUGUUCACAUAAUCAAUAAUCAAUUUCGAAUUUUUCCGAUGAAUUCGGAUAGUUUUUGACACCAAAGAAGUUGAAGGUGAGUGUUUAGAUUCUGAUAAAUUAGAUAUAUUUUUUACAGUUUCAAAUUACAAUUUCAGGAAUUUUGUGGCUCUGAUUUUCAUGCCACGUGGCUUAGAUUUUUACUUGAAAAUCAAAUUUUCAAAAAAUUCACUGUUUCAAAAAAAUGAGAAACAAAUUUUUCAAAUUAAUAUUUUUGAAAUCAUAUGAAAAGGCUUUUGAUACCAAAUUUGCAGAUCCGUUCUCUGCAAAUCUACAUUCGUGGUUUUGCCAAAACUCGUUGGUCCAUAAGCACGAAAAAUCAUAAAUAUAAUGAACCCAAUUCCCAUACUAUUUCAUCGAAAAUCGAAUAUUUGGAAGCAUCUGACAAUGAGGCUAUUUUUUGGAAUUGUGUGGAUGAUUCAGAUGAAUUGCCACGUGGCACAAUGAUUUUCCCAUUCAAAUUUCAACUUCCGCUAAAUCUUCCGCCAAGUUUUGAGGGUUUUCACGGUCAUAUUCGAUAUAGUAUUCAUGUGGAAUUAGAUCGAGGUUGGAAUAGGAAAAAGAAGAUCAGAAAAUGUUUUUCGGGUGAGGAAUUGGGGUUGUUAUGACGUGGAUUUAUUGUACUAGAAGCUUUCCACGACAUAGAAAUCCGCAAGCUUGAUUUGAUUUUUCAGUUGUUCCAAUAUCGGAUCUGAAUCGUAUUCCCACUGCAAUCAAACCCAUCGAAAAAACAAUCUCAAGAAACUUCGGAUUUGGUGAAACAUGGCAAGAGAAUGGCCCAAUUUUCCUGACCGUAAUCGUACCGAAAACUGGAUUUGUGGCCGGUCAAUUGAUCCCAAUACAGAUUAGCAUCGAGAACAAUACCCAAAGAAAAAACUUGAAAAUUCGCGCAAAACUGCUGCAAAUCGCCACAUUCAAAGCUGACGAUUUCGAUAAUAUAACGCGAAUAAAACACAGUGAUCGAAAAAUCGCACAAGCUCGGAAACAACUCUAUUUCAAGUGGCCCGUUCUACGCGAUCGCAUAUAUCUACGUAUUCCGGCGUGCGUUCCAAGUUUCACAAAUUGUCCAAUUUUGAGUGUCGAAUAUUUUUUGUGCAUCAAAAUUGAUUUGAAAAAGGGUUCAUUGAAAUGUGAAUUUCCGAUUAUCAUUGGGACACUUCCAUUGGGUUUGACAGAAAAUCGAGUGCUUUGGCAUAUUCAUCCAAAGCCUGGAUUAUUUGGAGCAUUUGCGCCAACUUAUCCACGUGUCUACAGUUUUUUGUCAAUGAAUUGUACAUUUGAAACUACAACACUCCGCUUUUACACUUAG